CUGCGGCGGAAUCCGCUCUACAAGUCGUACCCGUCGAGCGCGGCGCCGUCGCUCGUCGGCGAGGACGCGGCGGUCUUCGACUACGAGGCGCAGACCGAGGGCUGGGGCGACUUCGCCGUGAGCGUCGGGUCGAUCCUCGGCGCGUUCGCGGUGCUCUGGGUCUCCCCGGCGACGGGCUACGGCGACGACUUCGUGGCGUUCCUGGAGGCGCGCUGCGGCGACUCGCACGGCGUGACGCUCGCCUUCGGCCUGCUCUUCCCCGUCGUGCACAGCGGCCUCGCGGCGCUGCGGCCCCUCGCGGAGCCCGUCGUCGGCGCGCGGUUCUGGCGGUGGGUCUUCGCGAGCUGCAGCCUGCCGCUCGCGUACUCCUGGAUCGUCUACUUCAUCGCCCACGCCCACGACGGCGUCGUGCUCUGGGACGGCUCCCGCGACCCCGUCGUCCACGGCCUCGCGUGGUGCGUCAACUUCGCGUCGUUCUUCUUCCUCUACCCGACGGUCUUCAACCUCAAGGAGGUCGCGGCCGUCGAGGCGCCCAAGGUCCACCUCUGGGAGACGGGCAUCAUCCGCAUCACGCGCCACCCGCAGGCCGCGGGCCAGGUCAUGUGGUCCGCGGCGCACCUGGCCAUGGCGCUCACGAUGGCCCUCCUCGUCGCGCACCACGUCUUCGCCGCGGAGCACGGCGACGCGCGCCUCGCCGCGGCCCACGGCGACCGCUUCGAGGCCAUCAAGGCGAAGACGUCCGUCGUGCCCUUCGCGGCCAUCCUCGACGGCCGCCAGGAGCCGCCCGCGGACUACUGGAAGGAGUUCGCGCGCGCGCCCUACGCGCUCAUCGCCGCCGGCACGCUCGGCGCCUACGCGGCCCACCCCUACAUGCAG